AUGUACAUAACUACAUACGCUCUCCCGUCGGUGACGACUCGGCCGCGGCCGCCCUCAUCGGCACCGACGCGCGGCUCGCGGCGCGCGGCGCGUCUCGGCCGUCGGAGGGGUGGCCUUGGGCAGGUGGGCGGCGCGCCGGGUGCCCGCCCGGCGCCGCUGGCCAGCACGUGCGUCAGUGCCAGUCGGCGGACGACGCGCGGCGGUGUGGGGUCGACGUCGUCGCGUCGGGGCACGGUGUCGACGGUGUCGACGGUUGGUUUCUGGGGAGGCGCUGUGAAGCCAGUGAAGGUGGCGACCGAGCUGACCGCCAUGGACCUACAGGAGACGCCGGCGACGACCGGCCGACCGCGCGGCCACCGGACCGGCAUGGAGCGCUUUCUGAUCGGACUGACACUGGCGCUGCUGCUGUCCAGUGUGGUGCUGGUCGGCUCGUUGGUGUAUGUGGUGACGUCGGGCGCGGAGGAGAAGACGGCGGCAGGCAGAACCCAGGUGGCGGACGCCAACAGGUCGCUGGGAGGAAUGGCCAGUCCUCGCACCAUGGGGCAGGCCACUGUGCCGGAACAGUUUCAGGGUGACCUCUGCGUGACCCCGGGCUGCGUGUCAGUGGCCGCACACUUGCAGCGCGCCCGGGAUCCCACCGUGUCUCCGUGCGACGACUUCUUCCGGCACGCCUGCGGCGGGUGGCAGCAGCGAAUGUCCCAGCUGGGCCUGGCUGACGCGGAGGCUGACUACAGCAUCAACAUCGACCAGCCGCAAGCAGUGAUAGACUGGAAACUGACGCAGCUUCUUUCAUCACGAACUGAAGAAACAGUUGAAGGAUUCCAGCACACGAAGGACUUUUUCGUCUCGUGCAAAGAACAUCUUCCAGCCAGACGAUCUGACCUGGAAGCAGCAGCUGAUCACAUUCUGGAGCACGUGCUGGGUGGGUUCAGGAGCACCGCCAGCUGGGCGGCUCAGCCGCAGCAGCUGACGGAGCUGCUGGAGCAACUGCACCGGCUGCGCGGAGGUCCUCUGUUCCAGCUGCACCGCACCGUUGACCCGCGCGACCACAGUCGCCGGGUGGUGGAGAUCUCCGUGCCGGACUCGGACCCGAUGGAGCAUCGGUCUCCCUGGCGGGCCUACCGCCCGACCAGUUCCUUUCGUCGGCGCCGACGGGUAGAGACAACGUCGGCGGCGUCGGUUGAAACAGAGGACCACGGCGCCGGGCAUGGACCCGCUCACGAGGAAGGCCCAGAACAUCCGUACACAAGUGCCAGGUUCUUCAACGCCCUGAAGCGAGCCAUUGCCUCAGAACAUAUCAACGAGUCGAUGGAUUUCUUCGGCAUGAACAUUGUCAGAAGCAACCGGUCUGAGUUUUACUCGGAAGAAGACAUGCUAGCAGAUUGGUACAAAGUGCAAAAGUUUUUGUACAACUUCUCAGAGAUCAUGCCUUCUCACCGGGAGAGGGCCGAGCUGGAGAUCAACGGCCAGCUCCGGUGUCGGCACUCGCUGACCGUGCACCAGCUCAGCAGCGAGUUCAUAGCGGUAAACUGGACUCGACUUCUUCGAGAAACUGUCGCUCCGGACAUCAGGGACGACGAUGAAGUUUGCCUGCCUUUUCCGCAAUACAUGCAGGAUCUGGACCUCAUGCUGAUGAUUUUUUCACCCCGCAUAGUUCACAAUGCUGUGCUUCUGAUGUACAGGAAAUCUCAUCUGGACUAUCUAGUAGACGCCCUGUCCGGUGCAGCUAAGAGCGACGAGGCACGAGAUCAGUACUGUCUGGGUCUGGUCGAGACCGUCUUCCCGGUACCCCUGGCCGGCAUGUUUGUCAGGGACGCAGGCAGAGCCCGGGUCGACGCCUUUAAGGUCAAGGUAUCGGCUCUGGUCUCAGAAAUCCGAGACGAGCUCAUUCGAGGGAUAGAAAAGCGUAACAUCCAAACACCGUCGCCUAUCUACCAGACUGCACUGGAGAAACUACGGCGACUCCGCAGCUUCAUCGCUGCCUCAGACAGCUUCUGGGAUGACCACUUUAUCAACAGUCACUCUGCUAGCCUAGGACACCGGCUGCAUAUGCAGGAGCCCAAUCAUCAUCGUCUGCUGCGAUUAAUGAAGACGCUGACGUCGAUCGGUGACACCUUCUCCGACCAGUACCUCGCAGCAGACUUCCAAGCUGAAGAUACCAUUUGGAGUUACGUCGUUCAGCCCUACUCGCCAAACGCCUACUACCUAACGGACCGUAACGCGGUGGUGAUACCGCUGGCGUUCCUGUCUGAGCCGUACCUGUUUGACGAUGUACCGCGGUACAUUACGAUGGCGGCGCUCGGUACCACGAUCGCUCACGAACUGCUGCACAGUGUUGGUGUCACAGGGUUUUAUUUCAACAGUGACGGGGAGCUCCACUCGCUGUCAGAGGACACAGAACACCAGCUGUCGGAUCUACGACAUUGUGUCCGACAUCAGUUCACGCGGAAUCUCAGCCGGGAAGUGGAGAUCAGCGGUCUCUUGUUCAGCGCACAGCCGAACGGCGAGCUAACGCUGGACGAAAACCUUUCGGACCAUGACGGUCUGGCGCUAGCUUGGCGGACCUAUCACAGAUGGCAGCACCGUCACCGCCACUCGCCAGAGCCCCGACUGCCCGGAGUUCAGGGCAGCGUUCGACAAACCUUCCUCUUAGCAUUAGCGCAGACGUACUGUGCGAAGGUAGCGCCGGUGAGCUACAUUACGUCCGCAGAGGUGGACACCCACCUGCCCAAUCCCGAAAGGAUAAACGCCAUGAUGCGCCACUUUCCCGGGUUCGCCGCUGCCUUCGGGUGUCCUGUCGGGUCACCAAUGAGACCCGAACACCAGUGCAGCCCCAUCUGGUUACCACUGUGAUGAAGUGAUCCCUGCGUUUGACUAUCUGCUGAGAAACAGAGUGAAACAUGUGAGGAAGCUAGAGACCGGUUGUCUCUUACAUGACAUCCAAGAUGGUGCCGGGGCGAUACAAUUUCAAAUAGUGACUACUGAUUUCUCAUUUAUCAGCGGUUCAUGGGAUGGCCACGAUCUUGCCGGUGCAAGCUUUUCGGGUAUAUUUUUGUUAACUGAAAAAGCGCGAUGGAUUGCCACUAUUGGACAAUCGCUCACUAGCUGACAGUGGAUGUACUGUGGCGACUUGAGUGGCCUACUGGCGUGCGUUGCGGUUUCAAAGGCUAGCCCAAGUGACUCCGCAGUGACCUCGGAUAAACAACCGGCGUGGAGGCUCGGUAUGCUGCAGGCUCAGAGACUAGCCGAGUUAACUCAGGACGUAGCUCGUGGGAAUAGCAGUCUGUCAUCAAGUUGUGGUGGUUGAGUCGUUUUUCGUGAUGACGUAGACAAAAUACCAGCGCUGGUUGCUGUCAGAGAGUCAGUUACGGAAAGCAUACUAUCAAUGGUCUGACCAUGCAGCGCAUGUGCUCUGCGCAUCUCGAAACUAGAAUCUAUGGACAUGUGAACGAGAUGAUAGGUGUACGGGGUGUGACGUCAUGUUUGAUGUCAUCAGGUGAGAUGCCAGCGUACCUUAGUGCACAACUCGUGUGUUGAAACUUGACAUGUUUGUUGUUUUCCCAGGCCAGUAGAGGAAUGAGCAUGGUUUGAUUUUGUGAAUUGUUUUUCGAGCUCCAGAAAAAGCAUUGUGGGACAGGUGUGAAAAAAGAGUUGUAAAAUCGCUGAUCUACUUGAACGCAAAUGGUUACCUACACCAACGCCUUACUUUGUCUACUGAAUGAAAAAUUCAACAGUAAUGAUAAUAUUGCAGCAACCAACGUUUAGAAAUGCGUUAGCGACGCUGGAGCAGAUGCGAUUGGUGCCAAGUUGCGCUGUGGUGGAGGCAGGAAACGCACAAAUCCUGUCAUCGUAUGGAAUGCCAGCUUCCCGGUCUGGAUUUGAGUGUGAUGCUAGCGAUUCGGAUUUCGGACAGCCUCGUAUAGGCAGUGAGAGCUGUGUGAGCCCUUCGUGGAAUGGUGCAGUACCAAUACAGGGUUUUGGUCGCGGGUACGCACCGGUGAGCUGCCCCAUGUGUCAGUGUUCGCAGUGUGUCAGUAAGGGAUGUCAGUGACAGCAAUGACACUUGCCACGCAAGAGCAUCCCGCUGGGGCCGUUGCCGCGCAAUGAUGUGCGCGAAACUGUGCGAGCGUGUAGAAAAGCAGGGUAUAUCGAGUCCUAUGCCGGUACAAAUGUGUGGGUCGUGAUCGUUUUAUUCGGUUAUCUCUUUGUACGGGCUCUUGGCUGUUUGCGAACUGUUUGCAGAUAGAAAAAUUAGUCACUACAGUUUGAUAUUUUUGUAAGAAGUUACGCAUCCACUGAAAGUCUUGAUGCUUUUCGUAUUGAAAGGGAUAUUGUUUGACACUAAGCAAUUUGUACAUAUGCUAUACGCUGAAAAUAAAUGAAAUGUUUUAUCUCUUUUAAA